CUCGCGCAUGCAUCUCGAAAAGGCACGAAGUGCACCCCAAAUCAAACUCCCAGCCCAACCAAUAGGAAUACUAAGCAUAGCAUCACCAGCCUCCCAGAAGCUAGAUUCCAAUUUCCGCCUAUCUGAUCCAUCCAUCCACCACCACCAUCAAAUGGAACCCCAAACCAGAGAACCCAGUCAAAAGACCAAGAGAAGAAACGAAGAAAAAUAACCCGUGUUUGAGAAUGAACCAGCGCCAAUGAAACAAAGCUGAUGAAUUCACCACCACCGCCGCCUCUGUCACCAAAUGCACAACACACUCAAC